AUGAAGAUAAGCUACUUUUUGUGGUUUUUCCUUGCGUUUGUUAGCGCGAAACAUGAAUCUUAUUCGGGAUGGAAGUCAUAUUACGUUACACCAUCCUCCAUGGAUCAAAUAGAGAUCCUAGGUCAAUUGACAGACUCCCUGGAUCUAGAUUUUCUGAUAUACGCUACAAUAGGCAGAGAAGGCCUAGUUUUGGUGAAACCAGAAUAUCAAAUGACGUUCGAAGAUGCUAUGGAAGAUGUAGGAAUAAGUUUUAGUGUUCAUGCGGAGGAUGUGAAAAGUCAGCUGGAUAAAGACGAUGAGCUCAUGAUUUCGAGAAGGAAGCUAAAUCGUAAAUCUUCACAAGGUGAAAUGCCAUAUGAUGAUUAUCAAACAUUAGAUGUGAUCUACGACUACAUAGACACCAUAGCCGAGAAAUACCCCAAUCUAGUAACUUUGGUGACACCAGCGAAUUCCUUCGAAGGCAGACCUAUCAAGUACUUGAAGAUAUCGUCUAGUAACUUCCAGAAUGAUAAUAAAUCGAUAGUUUUUCUUGAAGCGAUGAUACAUCCAAGAGAAUGGCUUACAGCGCCUGUUGCUACGUACUCUAUACAUAAGUUGGUGGAAAAUCUAACUGAUUCGGAAUUGUUGGAUAAAUUUGACUGGAUCAUAUUACCAGUUGUGAAUCCAGAUGGAUAUGUGUACACUUUUGAACGGGAACGUUUCUGGCGUAAAACUCGUUCCACAGACCAGCAUCCCUCCAGCGAUCAAUGUCCAGGUGUAGAUAUAAAUCGAAACUUUGAUUUCGCCUGGAACACAGUCGGAGUGAGCAACAGCCCUUGUGGAGAAUCAUACGCUGGUGGUAGACCUGCUUCUGAAGUGGAGACUCGAGUUAUUCGCGACAUACUCCACGACAACCUACCCAGAAUGGUCUUAUACUUGAGUAUCCAUAGUUACGGUAGCAUGAUCCUGUAUUCUUGGGGGCAUGAUGGAAGUCUGUCCAACUAUGCACUACCUCUUCAAGCAAUCGGAGUGUCCAUGGCAGAGAAGAUUUCAGAACGAUCCUUACCUGAUUUUCCAUCUUACGUAGUAGGCAAUGCGAAACUCGUAGUUGGCUACCAAAUGUCUGGUUCGUCUCAUGAUUACGCACAUUCUAUUGGUGUUCCUCUGGCGUAUACGUGGGAACUGCCUGGUCUGAGCAGGGGACUGAUGGGCUUCCACCUGGAUCCGAAGUAUAUAAAGCAGGUCGUUGAAGAAACAUGGGAUGGUAUUGUUGUUGGUGCAAAAGCGGCCAGGGAACUGUUUGGCAAAUAA